AUGGCCAAGGCGGAGAAGCUGGUGGUGGAGGUGGUGGCGGCGCACAACCUCAUGCCCAAGGACGGCCAGGGCUCCUCGUCGCCGUACGUUGAGGUGGAGUUCGAGCACCAGAAGCGCCGCACGCGGGCCAGGCCUAAGGAGCUCAACCCCGUCUGGAACGAGCGCGUCGUCUUCCCCGUCUCCGAUCCCGACGACCUGCCCUACCGCGCCAUCGACGUCGGGGUCUACAACGACCGCGGCGCCGCCACCGCCGGCGGCGGCGGCGGUGGAGGCGCCGCCCCGCACGGCCGGAACUUCCUCGGCAAGGUGCGCGUCCCGGCCGCCGGCGUCCCGGCGCCCGGCGAGGAGGCCGUGCCGCAGCUCUUCACCCUCGAGAAGCGCAGCCUCUUCUCCCACAUCCGCGGCGAGAUCACCCUCAAGAUUUACCGCGUCAACUCCGGCGACGUCGCCGUCAAGUCCAAGCAGGAGAAACCGGCGAAGGCGGUGGUGGUUGGGCCGGAGGUGGUGGCGGCGCCGACGGUGACUGGGCCCAAGAAGCAGCCGCAGCCGCACCCGCCGCCGCAGCCACAGCAGCAGCACCAGCACCAUCCUGUGGUGGCCGUGCAGCCGCCGCCUCCGCAGCCGGAACCGCCCAUGGAUAUCAUGCCGCAACCGCCGGUCCCGAUGGCCAUGAAGCCGGUGACGAUGCACGCGGACCCGUACCCGGUUCCGCCCAUGUUCUCCGGCCCCGGGGACUUCUCGCUGAAGGAGACGCGGCCCCGCCUCGGCAGCGGCGUCGUCGCCGACAAGGCGAACGCGACCUACGACCUGGUGGAGCAGGUGGAGUACCUCUACGUGCGCGUGGUGCGCGCGCGCGGCGUGCCCAUGGUGGCCGAGGCCGUUGCGGAGGUCAAGCUCGGCAACUACCGCGGCGUGACGCCGGCCGUCCCUUCGCACAACUGGGACCAGGUGUUCGCCUUCUCCAGGGAGACCAUCCAGUCGUCGUUCGUGGAGGUGUUCGUGCGCGCGCGCGGCAGCGACGACCACGUCGGCCGCGUCUGGUUCGACCUCUCUGAGGUGCCGCGCCGCGCGCCGCCCGACAGUACGCUCGCCCCGCAAUGGUACAGCAUGGAGGACCGCAAGGGACAGCGCGGCGGCGCGGAAGUGAUGCUCGCCGUCUGGUUCGGCACCCAGGCCGACGAGUCCUUCGCGGAGGCCUGGCACUCCAAGGCCGCCGGCGUCCACGGCAACGGGGCGCUUGGCUCCAUCAGGUCCCAGGUGUACGUCGCGCCCAAGCUCUGGUAUCUUCGUGUCUCCGUCAUUGAAGGGCAGGAUUUGUUCCCGAUGGACAAGGGCCCAUUUGCAAUCGGCCGAUUCCCGGAGCUCUUCGUGCGUGCGCAGGUGGGGAGCCAGAUUAUGCGCACACGGCCGGCGCCGGUGGUGUCUACACGGGGACCUGCAAGUCCGUUCUGGAAUGAAGACCUGAUGUUUGUGGUGGCAGAGCCAUUUGAAGACUUCUUGGUGCUGUCUGUGGAAGACCGUGUGUCCCCAGGCCCGGAUGAGUUGCUUGGCCGCCUUGUUGUGCCAGUGUCUGCCAUUGAGAGGCGGUGGGAUUGGAGGCCAGUGGUUUCGAGGUGGUUUGGGUUGGACCGUGGUACUGCCGGUGGCAAUGUUGCUGCCAACAAUGUGCACAGGUUUGGGAGCCGCCGUGUGCAUCUCCGGCUAAGUCUUGAUGGAGGUUACCAUGUUCUGGAUGAGGCUACAGCUUACAGCAGCGACCUUCAGCCCACAGCAAAACAGCUAAGGAAACCACAUGUUGGGGUGCUUGAGCUUGGUGUUCUUGGUGCCACUGGACUAAUGCCAAUGAAGUCCCGGGAUGGUAGGGGUGCGACGACGGAUGCUUAUUGUGUUGCAAAGUAUGGCCAGAAGUGGAUCCGCACACGCACUCUUGUUGACUCAUUGUGCCCCCGGUGGAACGAGCAGUACACAUGGGAGGUGUUUGACCCCUGCACUGUCAUCACUGUUGGUGUGUUUGACAAUUGCCAUGUUGGCAACACAUCUGGGAGUACUACUAUGGCUGUCCGUGAUAACUGCAUUGGCAAAGUUCGUAUUCGGCUUUCGACAUUGGAGACUGAUAGGGUGUAUACCCAUGCCUACCCUCUGCUGAUGCUGCAUCCCUCAGGGGUCAAGAAGAUGGGGGAACUUCACCUAGCUGUGCGCUUCGCCUGUGGCAAUGCUGGUAACAUGUUCCAUGCCUACGCACGCCCCUUGCUUCCGAAGAUGCACUAUGCGGAGCCACUCCUCGUGCGCCAGGUUGAGACUCUUCGGUCCCAGGCCACCAAUGUGGUUGCAGCCCGACUUGGACGUGCGGAGCCGCCCCUUGGCAAAGAGGUUGUUGAGUACAUGCUUGAUCAUCAUUCAAACCUGUGGAGCAUGAGGCGCAGCAAAGCAAACUUCUUUCGCCUUAUCAAUGUGCUCUCUGGUCCUGUCGCUAUUGGCAGGUGGUUUGAGCUUGUCCGCUCUUGGCAGUGCCCGGUGCAUUCAUGCCUUGCUGUAUUCACAUUCCUGGUGUUCCUCACAAUGCCGGAGCUGAUUCUUCCAACGGCCUUUCUGGCCAUGGCGUUUGCUGGGCUUUGGAGGUAUAGAGUCCGUCCAAGGCAUCCGCCUCACAUGGAGAUGAGGCUGUCUCAUGCAGAUGGAGCCACUGCAGAUGAGCUGGAUGAGGAGUUUGACACAUUCCCUUCAACCCGUGGGGAUGUCAUGCGCUUCCGAUAUGACCGCCUCCGCAGUGUGGCUGGGAGAGUUCAGACAGUGGUAGGCGACAUUGCAACACAGGGUGAGAGGAUGCAGGCUGUCCUCAGCUGGCGUGACCCGAGGGCGACGCUGCUCUUCGCUAUCUCCUGUGUAGCUGCUGCAGUGAUUGCAUAUUGUGUUCCGAUGAAGGUGAUGAUUGGGAUGUGGGGCCUUUACGCCAUGCGUCCACCGAGGUUCAGGAGCAGGAUGCCUUCCCCGUUGAUGAACUUCUUCCGAAGGCUUCCUUCUAGGGCUGACAUCCUGCUCUGA